AUGGAUGUUGUGUUUAUUGAAUUGAGAAUGUCGAUUGCAAAUCAAAUGUCAAUACCUCCAACUACAAGCCCAUCGCAAUCUCUCAAAAGUGUAGGACGUGUACUUUCUUUUGUUGGAAGACAUCCUGCUUUCGCGUUGCUGGAUACUGCAACUCUCGAGCAGCUUUCGACGCAUAUGAAGCAACAGGAUUGGGACUCUGGAGCUACCAUCAUCUCAUAUGGUGAGAUUGGAGAUAGGUACGCAUCACACCUUUGCCUUGCUAUUCUGCAGUAUCUUUUUGGUACUAUGGUCUAUGAUGCAAAUUUAUUUUGCAAAAGUUGUAAACAAGGAUGUGCUCAAGUUUUGAGUGAAUUUGACACAGACUGUGAUACAAUCAAGCCAGGAGAAUGGUUUGGCGAGGUCGCUCCUUUUCAAAAUGUGGCACGCACUGCUUUUGUCAAGGCCAAAGAGCCAUGUCAAACUUAUAUGAUAUCAAAGCAAGUAUUGACAGAAGUUCUCAAGGGAUGUCCGUCACUUCUUGAAGAAAUCAACGGCACUUCCAAGAAACGCAUGCAAAUGUAUCUUGAAAGAUCGAUUUUGGCAUGA